AUGGAUCAGGUGCGGCAUGUAAUCUUGGUAUUGUCAGGAAAAGGAGGAGUUGGGAAAUCUUCCGUAACAACUCAGUUGGCUCUCUCCCUUCAUGACUCGAAGCUUCAUUCUCGGCCUUUAAAAAUUGGUAUUUUGGACAUUGAUCUUACGGGACCAUCAAUACCCAGAAUGUUUGGAAAAGAUGCUGAGCAAAGUCGCAUUCGUCAAUCCAGCGCUGGCUGGAUCCCUGUAUAUACUGAUGAAACGAAGGAAAUUGGACUCAUGUCUCUCGGUUUCUUGCUACCUUCUAAGAAAGACAGCGUUGUUUGGCGUGGUCCGAAAAAGGCUGCUAUGAUCCGCCAAUUCGUGAGUGAUGUACACUGGGGAGAACUAGACUAUUUAAUUAUAGACACUCCUCCUGGUACUGGGGAUGAACAUUUGACCAUCGUGGAAUCCUUGUUGGCGGAAACAUCAGACGUACGAAAGGGUCCCAUUGAUGGUGCAGUUAUGGUCACUACACCUCAAGCUCUUGCUACAUUGGACGUGCAAAAAGAAAUAGAUUUUUGUAAAAAGGCAGAUAUUCGAAUCUUGGGGGUUGUGGAAAACAUGAGUGGUUUUAUAUGCCCUCAUUGUGCUGAUUGUACAAACAUUUUUUCGAGCGGUGGUGGGCAUACCCUUGCAGAAAAAUAUAAAAUACCUUUUCUUGGAUCAGUUCCGAUUGACCCCAAGUUUGGUGAGAUGAUUGAAAACCAAAGCUCAUCUACGAACCUCUCCGCACUGUACCCUGAAACAGAAAUGUCAAAGGUCUUUUUCCCUAUUGUGCAAAAUUUUUUCCAUCAAAUUUAUAACAAGCGCUCUUUGGAAUUUGUUACCGGUCUCAGUGGUCAUGAUGGAAGGAUAUGGAGUGUAGACUCCCAUCCGGUUUUACCUCUUUUUGCUAGUGGUUCACAGGAUAAGACCGUUCGUAUCUAUAACAGCGAUACUCUUCAACUUGUGCAUGUAAUAGAUGGAUUCCAUUCCCGUAGUGUCCGCAGGGUUGCUUGGCGCCCUGUCGAUCGACCUAUACUUGCAGCGGCUUCUUUUGAUGCUACAAUAAGUAUUAAUGAAAAAAUUGACGACGAUUGGGAAUGUACAGCUGCUCUCGAGGGGCAUGAGAAUGAAGUAAAAUGUAUUGCUUGGUCUCCUGGUGGAAACUUUCUUGCUACUUGCUCGCGUGAUAAGUCAGUUUGGAUUUGGGAAACUACCGAAGAUGACGAGUUCGACUGUAUGGCAGUCCUUCAAGAGCAUACACAAGAUGUCAAGGUUGUAGCUUGGCAUCCGUCUGAGGAUCUUCUCGUUAGUGGAAGUUAUGAUGAUUCGAUUUGCUUUUGGAGAGAUGAUGGUGAUGAUUGGGCUUUGACAUGCCAAUUGCAAGGCCAUGAAAGCACCGUUUGGGCUCUUGCCUUCUCCUCCACUGGGUCAAUUUUGGCCUCUGGAGAUAACGAGGGCAACAUAAUAUUAUGGACAAAGACGUUUAGCAAUGAAUCUGAAGCUAUCAGUAACUCUACAAAUAUCCUUCGACCAUCUUUACGAGAAGAAUGGAUAAGAAAGGCAACUUUGCCUCAUCUGCAUAAAGGUGCAGUGUACUCACUUUCUUGGUUAAAUGACAAAGUAUUAGCAUCCGCUGGUAGCGAUGGAAAAAUUGUUGUUUAUGAAAGUGAGCAACAUGAUGAUAAUAUUUGGAGGGUUUCCAUUGAAAAAGAAGGCGCACAUGAUGUUUAUGAAAUUAAUUCUAUAGCCUGGUUAGGAAACGAUAAGCUUGUUUCGGGUGGUGAUGACGGCGAGUGCCGCGUAUGGCAUAUAAAUUAG